AGUAACGUUGUUGAAUUCGUUUCAUUUCAACAGCAGGCAGCCGAAGCAAGGUUUGGCAGAAUGGACGGCUGCCGUGAUUACAAUUAAUUUUUCAUAAUACAUUUAACUAACCAUCAUCGCCAUCCAAACACAACUGUGCAUUUAUCUGAUACAUGUAUCUUCUGUUUUGCCGUCAAGAGGAGUGCACGAGAAAGAAAAAACGCCUUGUUCUGGAGUCUGACCGGUAUAACGACACAGAUGGGACUGCACCAUAUAACAAGCAACCACGUUUCCCAUUUAAAGUUUUGGAUGAUGCUUCAACAUAAAGAUUGUAACUGAGUUCACACGAAUAAGGGACACGUUUCGGGUCAAUGAAUGUGUUUUUCCAAGUGAAAACAUGGCUAGUUAGCUUCAGCCAGCUAACUAGCUAAAAUGCUAACUGCAUCAGUCUGAAACAGGGUUGAGAUGUUCGUCUAUAUUUGGACCGAAGCUAACUAAUCCAGGUAGCUAGCUAGCCACUGACAACAUUUCUGUGACAAGCUGUCAAACCCAUUGUAUGUAGGAUUCUUUUUAUAUGGUGAUUAUUGAUUGUGCGUGUUGGGAAAACUUGCAGAUCGAAACUUUGAUCACAUCUGCAGGCGGAGUUGUGGAAACAAUGUUUCAUUGACAUCGCAAAGUUAGCCUGCUUGCUACCAAACGUGACUUCAACGCUACUGUCCUCGACCAGUCAAUGGAAUUCCGAAUGAGUCAUUUCGGGUGUUGUCCUCCAAAAUUCGAAAAGCAGGAGGACGGCUUCUAGAAUCUUACAAAAACUUAUUUCUCAUCCCGCUACACGUGGGAUGAGACCGAUAUUGAAAGGAAUAAAAUCUGAAUGUUUCCAAACAUGGGGUCGUUAAAAGCACUUCAAGAAUGGUGUCGGAUACAAUGCGAGAGUUACAACGAUGUAGACAUCAAGAACAUGUCAUCGUCUUUCCGGGAUGGCUUGGCAUUCUGUGCCAUAAUCCACCGAUAUAGACCGGAUUUGAUAGACUUUGACUCCCUCUCCAAAGAGAAUGUCUACGAGAACAACCGUCUGGCGUUUGAGGUGGCGGAGGAGGAGCUGGGAAUCCCUGCUCUGCUGGACCCAGAGGACAUGGUAUCCAUGAAAGUGCCUGACAGGCUGAGCAUCAUCACCUAUGUCUCCCAGUACUACAACUUCUUCACCAACAAGUCCCAUGCCAACCCCCCCUGCUUGAAGAGGUCCAGUGGUACAGGCCACAUUGAGCCGGCCCAGAAGAGACCGGUGGCCCCUCUGGGAGACAAAGUGGUUGAGCCCGAGCUGAGUCUACCUGGUCCGAUGGGUACGGACGGGGGGGUACAGGCGGGAGUGAAGCGUAGCACCCUCAGCAGCAGCUGCGCCGCCUGCCAGAGGCACGUCCACUUGGUGCAGAGGUUCCUGGUCGACGGCAAGCUCUACCACCGCAACUGUUUCAGGUGUAGGGAGUGUAGCAGCACUCUGCUGCCUGGGUCCUACAAGCUAGGAAACGAGGUCGGCUCCCUGGUCUGCACGCAUCACUUUGCCAGGUCUGCCUUAGCCAAUCAGAACGGCCGACCGGACCUAAGUAAGCGACCGACAACGGUUCCCUCCGUCAGGAUUGGUCGACCCAUGCUGCCUCAAACUUCUCCUCCUUCUGGGAGGGACCAGGCGGCAAAGACUCCGGCUCAAAAGACUCCGCCACCAAAAGAGACUCCGCCACCAAAAGAGACGACGCCACCCCAAGAGACGCCGCCCCAAGAGACGCCGCCCCAAGAGACGCCGCCCCAAGAGACGCCGCCCCAAGAGACGCCGCCCCAAGAGACGCCGCCCCAAGAGACGCCGCCCCAAGAGACGCCACCAAAAGAGACGCCGCCCCAAGAGACGCCGCCCCAAGAGACGCCGCCCCAAGAGACGCCGCCCCAAGAGACGCCUCCACCAAAAGUGACUCCGCCCCAAGAGGGUGUCACCAAUGAGGAUUACACCCCCACACCAUCCAAUGACUCUGACUCUACACCAUGUCCUAUCUCAACGACAAAAACUGACUCUUUGAAAACAGAGAAAGAGAAAGAGAGGGAAGACAGUGCGGGAGAAAGAGAGGUCAAACCUCCAACCUCCAUUCCUCCCAACCCUUUCGAUGACAUCGAGGAGGGGGAGGAGACUCCGGCACCAGCCAAAGACACAGCCAAUGGGGUUAUCCCUCCUACACCUGUCAGUCAUCUAGGACUAGGGAACAGUAAGCCAGUCCCCAUCCCUCGCCGCUUGUCACAGCCCUCCCCUCCACCUCGUCCCGCCCCCAGGGUCCGCCCACCCCGCGUUGACAACCUUGCGGUCAAUGGUGAUCACGGUGAACACAGGAGAUCUCUUCCUCCGGCUCCCAGACCUCGGGAAAGAUCCCACUCCCCUGGAAGCUCCUGUCUCUCCAGCGACGCCCCCAAACCCCCUAACCCGCCCUGGUUGGCCCUCGUCCAAUCCCAAGAACCCAAGAAGAAAGCAGCACCUCCCCCUCCCCCUGGAGUGGCCACACCCCCACACACUGGUUCGUUAUCUUCUCUAAAAGGGGAGGGCUCCAGACCAGCCACGCCCCCUGCACCCGCCAACCCCUUCGAUGAGGAAGUAGAGGAAGAGGAGGUGGGGUCAAGGGAGGGGUCAGUAGGAGGUUUGGUUUCUCCCACUGUGGUGGUGAGUCAUCCGUGGUACAGCAUCUCCCAGGCUGCAGACGCUGCAGCUGACCCAGGCACGCCCCCCAUUGGGGGUAUUUCCUCCCGCUCUGCAAGCCCCAAUGGCUCCAGGUGCAAGAAACGCCCGGCGCCCCCAAAGCCUGUUCCAAAGGCCCCCGGCUCUAACUCAGCCCUUCCUCACUCCCAGCCCUCCUCUUCCUCUCCCUCCCCAGCUAUUAGCAUAGAGAGCCUAUCCUCUGCCUCCGACCAUAGCUCCUCCCACCCAGCUUCCCUAGGGGGCAGAGCCACAGGCGAUCAGGACAACCCCUUCACCAAGAGCGUAUCAGAGCCCUCCAUCUGUGGGCCCUGUGGUGGCUCCACCCCCUCCACCUCAGCCAAUCGCCUCUCUCCAAGCCCCUCCCCUUCUCCCCAGCCAGCCAAUCCUAGCUCGGCUCCGGCUACUCCGCAGAGCAAUCGGAGUGCCAGGCCCCCGCCCCCAAGACCCCCGACGACACCCAGCCCCCUGGCAGCAUCAAGUGCUAUCCCAGUUCCACCCCCCAAGCGGACUUGUAAGGAAAACCCUUUCAACAGGAAAGCCUCUUCCUCCCCUGUUUCCUCCCCUAAAACCAGACCCCCUAGAGGCCCUCGCCCCGCCCGGCCCCCCGCACCUGGACACGGCUUCCCCCUCAUCAAACGCAAGGUGCAGUCAGACCAGUACAUCCCAGCAGAGGACAUCCAUGGAGAGAUGGGAGAGCUGGAGAAACAGCUGGAUGAGCUGGAGCAGAGAGGAGUGGCUUUGGAGAGAAAACUACGAGAUAACCCCAAUGAUGAGGAGGAGGAGACUUUGCUGGUGGACUGGUUCACUCUGAUCCAUGAGAAACACCUGCUGGUGCGCCGUGAGGCUGAGCUGGUCUACACGGCCAAGCAGCAGAACCUGGAGGAGAGGCAGGCUGACGUAGAGUAUGAGCUGAGAUGUCUUCUUAACAAGCCAGAGAAAGACUGGAAUGAGGAGGACAAGGGCAGGGAGCAGGAGCUGAUGACAGAGCUGGUCACCGUCAUCGAACAGCGGAACCAAAUCAUCAACAACAUGGAUCAGGACAGGCAGAGGGAAGAGGAAGAGGAUAAGCUGGUGGCGACCAUGUUGAAGAGAAAAGACUUCCAGAAGGAGCCAGCAGCAGAGGGCGAGCAGCAGCAGCAACAGAAGAAGAAGAAGAAGAAGGAGAAGUUCAAACCCAUGAAGGUUCUGAAGAGGUUGAGUGUGAACCAAGGAAAAGGUGGCAGCCCACGCAAGGAGAUGGCAGAGAAGGACAAGAGCUGAACAAGGUAUGGAAGGAUGGAUGUGGAUGAUGGAUGGAGGAAAGGAAGAGGGAUACCAUCCUUUACAGAGGGACAUAUCAGAUGGAAAGAGCGGGGAAAUGACAGAUGGAAACAAAACACGGUGGAGGGAAGAGAAGGAAAAACAACACAGGAUUCUCACAGCUGUGUUAAAGACUGUAAUGUGUGCAACCUGUAAUUUUCUCCCCCUUCCUCUUACUGUAGCAUAUCCUUCUAAUCGCUCCUCCCUACCAGAGUAUGUGAGCAGAGUUAAGCGGUCGGAAAUCCCGCUCGCGCUAGCGAUCCACCUCUUUUCAACUGCUCCGCUAAAAACCGUUCUGCGCUCACAGGAAAAAAAUGGCCGCUCCAAAUUCGCUCCGUUCAUUAAAAUCACAAUUUAACCAACACCCAUCUAUUUUUGUGACUACCUUGACUUACCAUUUGGUAUUCAAGUAAUGAAACCAAACCAUAUGAUUUGAAUUAAAAGUAUUUGAAUAAACAAAUACGUUGGACUAUGCCAAGCCUAUUUCUUUUAGCAUGUGCAUAUGGUAAGUACACCAUCAUGCUUUCGGGAUGCGUGUCUUUUCAGAUUCCACGAUUUGAUUCUUUAGUUGUGGACGCCACAUCGCCGCAAUCCCUCUCUUGCUCUUGGUCCUCAUCUUGUAAGUCACCUUGGUUUAGCACCGGUGUGUUUUAGCAGUUUCUUUAUGAAAAUAUUUAGUGAACUGCAUGACAGUAGCUAAAGCAAGGGGUUAUAGCAGCACACAAGUAGACUACAGAUGCAUGCUGGACCGGGCACGCCCUGAGCUCGUGAAGUGAGCGCUACUGGAAUGAAAUUGGAGCGGGCGAGAAGGCUGACGCUCCAGCCUUUGGGAAUCUCGCUCCGAGACUCCAGUCAAAUUGGGAUCGCUCCACUCCGCUCACAUACUCUGCUCCCUACUGUAGCUCCUCGCUCCACUCCGCUCACAUACUCUGCUCCCUACUGUAGCUCCUCGCUCCACUCCGCUCACAUACUCUGCUCCCUACUGCAGCUCCUCGCUCCACUCCGCUCACAUACUCUGCUCCCUACUGUAGCUCCUCGCUCCACUCCGCUCACAUACUCUGCUCCCUACUGUAGCUCCUCGCUCCACUCCGCUCACAUACUCCGCUCCCUACUGUAGCUCCUCGCUCCACUCCGCUCACAUACUCUGCUCCCUACUGCAGCUCCUCGCUCCACUCCGCUCACAUACUCUGCUCCCUACUGUAGCUCCUCGCUCCACUCCGCUCACAUACUCUGCUCCCUACUGUAGCUCCUCGCUCCACUCCGCUCACAUACUCCGCUCCCUACUGUAGCUCCUCGCUCCACUCCGCUCACAUACUCUGCUCCCUACUGUAGCUCCUCGCUCCACUCCGCUCACAUACUCUGCUCCCUACUGUAGCUCCUCGCUCCACUCCGCUCACAUACUCUGCUCCCUACUGUAGCUCCUCGCUCCACUCCGCUCACAUACUCCGCUCCCUACUGUAGCUCCUCGCUCCACUCCGCUCACAUACUCUGCUCCCUACUGUAGCUCCCAUGAUGCUCUUUCAAAUACUGCCACUCCAAUGCGUUCUGUACUGUAUAUAUUUGAAGUUGCCUUUGUGUGAAGAGAAAGUUAAGAACUCAACUGCUUUAAGACUAAAACCUUAAGAAACAUCUGAAGACUGAAUUGAAGAGGUAAAUUUUCUGUAGCUUUGAGGUUCAGCGCAAUAUGUGGUUUCUUCUAUCCUUUUUCAUUAUUACUUUGCACAUUGUGACCCAGGCCUUUUUAAAAUCGGCUUUUAACAAAGAUAUAAAUACUAUGACUGCAGGUUUCUUACCAUUUAUCAGUCUCUUAUCAUGAUAGGAACUAAAGAACACUCCCUCAUCUCCUGCCUAUUCAGUGGUCCUAAGGUUUUCCCUUUGUUCAUGGACGUUGCGUACGUCUCAUUGUCUGUAGGUUGGAUACAGAACGAAGAGUUGUGUGUGUCAGUCAGUUGUCUGGUUUGAGUCUGUGGUACUUCUGAACUAUUGUGAAUCUUUUUAAAAGAGGAACCCAUUGUUGUGAGUAAAUACUGCCAGUUUAGAUGGAGUAAUGACAACCCAAAUAAUGACUAGCUUUUAGCGAAAUGGUUCUUUCUUAACUAGCUACUUACCAUGUUUUCCAAAUCACUGACUAUUGGACUAUAGAUAUUAUAUUGGACUGUAGAUAUUAUAUUGGACCAUGUUUAGGGUUGGAUAAUCACGGUCUGAGAAUGAGACGUAUGACCGACAGGUAAGAAAUAGUUAAGAUGGAAUGUAAGUACUGACUUUAUACAAGGAAUGUAAAAAAUACAAUUAUAACAUAAACGGAAGGAAUUUGCAUUUUGGCGCAGUCCAGGCAGUGCUGAGGGGGAUAGUUUGGCAUGCUCUUUGUUCGGGUUCCUGAAAUAUUCUGCUUUUACAAAAUGUGAUGCUGUUUUCAAAUGAAACACAAUACCUUGCUCUUGUUAAAGCUUUUAGAAUUAGAAGAAGAAGAAGUCAGUGAACUUCUUACGUUGCUUUUGUUUUAAUUGUUUUGUUAGUAGUUCUGUUUUGUUAGUAGUCAAAAAAAUACAGUGACAAUGUAGCAAAUAACUCACACAAAAACAAACAAACUCUGAAAUGACAGCACUACAGGGUUGGUGGAGGGUAGUAGAGGGAGAGAGGGGGUUAUUUUAAGCACUACAGGGUUGGGGGAGGGUAGUAGAGGGAGUUUUUGUUUUUAAAUCUGAACAAUAAAAACAUUUACAUCUCAUACUUAGGUUAAAAGGCUAAAAAUGGAACGUACAAUUCUAUAACACACUCUUACAAUGCCAAACGGUAAAAUCCUAUUCGUGUCCCUGUGUUGUGGUAGAGUUCUGGGUCCUGGUUGGGGAGAUGGUGGGCUUGUGUUUCUUGAUUAGGGUUUUGAUGCAGUGUAUUUAACUAACUUAGUUGUAUCAUGACAGGUCACUGACUUAAUAGUAUUAUAGAAUCUGACCAGAUUUACAACUGAAACAAGUGUGAACAGUUCUAGGGGCUACAUUAUACAAUAAGGAUUGUAAUAAAUAUAUAUAUAUGCAUGCAGUGAGUGUACAAAAUAUUAAGAAUACCUUCCUAAUAUUGAGUUGCACCCACUUUUGCCCUCAGAACAGCCUAAAUUCUUCGGGUCAUGGACUCUACAAGGUGUUAAAAGCAUUCCACAGGGAUGCUGGCCCAUGUUGACUCAAAAUGCUUCCCACAGUUGUGUUAAGUUGGUCUGGAUGUCCUUUGGGUGGUGGACCAUUCUUGAUACACACGGGAAACUGUUGAGCGUGAAAAGCCCAGCAGCGUUGCAGUUCUUGACACAAACCGGCACUUAAAUAUUUUGUCUUGCCCAUUCACUCUCUGAAUGGCACACAUACACAAUCCAUGUCUCAAUUGUUUCAAUGCUUAAAAAUCCUCCUUUAACCUGUCUCCUCCCCUUCAUUUACACUGAUUUGAAGUGGAUUUAACAAGUCACAUAGAUAAGGAAUCAUAACUUUCACCUGGUCAGUCUAGGUCACGGAAAGAGCAUGUGUUCCUAAUGUUUUGUACACUCUGUGUAUAUAAAUUCCAUAGAUAUCUUUUAACAAUGUAGCAAACUAUUAAUACCUUCCAGUUGAUAUCAGUUUAACUGUUUUGGGAAAGUCUGCAAAAUAUGCAAAUCUUUUUAAUUUAUAUAUUUUACAAUGCCUUUGUUUGACUCUGUAAACGCUGUCUAAUUCCAAUGAGUUUUGCCUUAACUUAGAAUCUGCCGUCAAAGUCGAUAGUACUAUGAGAUCCGUUUAUGUUAAGAGUGCCCUUAUUUAAAUGUAUUCGUCAAUAAGUCUCGUUUUUGUCCGGAGUUAAACUGAAUGUCUUGUUAUAGGCUGUUCGUAUAUUGUCUAGUACACGAUCUUGUCUUCCAUUCAAAAUGGCUGCUUGUGUGUUUGUGCAUCUUCUUCCUGUUUAAAAACUCACACCAAGGGCUUCUGUAGAGCGAUGUUGAAACAUGGUCCUAAAGAAACAACAGAAUCGCAUUGAAAUCUGGGAGACUGUGAAAUAAAACAUAUUAAUGCCACUAAAAA